AUGGAAGAUACCUCAUUCGCAUAUUCACAGCAGAUGUCUUGUGCUCGUCCUCGAAAGAAUCGAAGAGGCAAUGCCAGACACGGACCGCCCCUGCUGAUAGAUCUCCUGGAUCGUGCCAAAGCGGAUAUUGAAUCCAAUGGCUGGAUAACUACUUGUCAAGGUCUCUUGAAAGACGCCCUGCGCAACACUAAUAUAUCAUGUCCCAAUGUGCUAUGCCUUGGUCUGGGAAGUCCCUCGACCUCGCGUGAGGCUCGAGCGCAACUGGCUUUCCUCAUCAGUUCAUGCGCCAUCUUGGAGAUAGGUCUAACCAAUGUGUCCAUAUACGAUCCUGUGUUUACGGAUGCAGAUAAGGAAUUUUUACAAAGCUUCGGGAUGCAAUGUUUGUCAGACACAGCAAGUCUUUUGUUUCUGUCAUCUUACGCGGUAGAACAUCCAACGGUACUGUAUAUGCCGCACUGCGAUCUGAAGCUGUAUGAGAACAUCAUCGGCGCGAAUUGGUCAAGAGAGCGACUGGCGCGCAUCAUUUUCGUUGCGAACCGGUUCCAGGAUUACACGGACAAUAAUCCCCAGUCGAAGCUGGAAAUAGAAUCUCCAUAUUUGAUGCGUCUAGUACCGCACCUCGAAUGCCAUCCUCUUCCCACGUUGGAAAGCUUCUCUUCGGCCUUCAAUAACAUUUCAAUCCAACACGUGAGACUCCCCGUUUCGCCGUCAUUGGUGCCAUCAUCCCACUAG